GAAGAGUAUAUAUUAUGACUUGAUCAGAAUUUUAUUCACUUCCGCGCCAAUGCUGUCAAGAUUUCAAAUCAAGAAUCAGCGAUUCAAAUCAAACUCUUCCGAAUUCCUGAACCAGGAACUCAAAUUUUCAGCAACCCGGAUUGUAAAAGAUCAAAUCCAUAAUUCAUCAGCACAAGAACGUAACCUUUACAGCCAUUUAUUGAAGAUAUGCUUGCAAGAAUGCAAGAAAAUCCAGUCCCGCCAACUGCUCGACCGAAUGCCGGAAAGACUGAGUUUGUCUGUGAAGACCGCCAAGACAGUCCACGCUCGGAGCCUGAAACUUGGUGUUUCAUCGGAUGGGGACUUGGGGAAUUCCAUCGUGGAUUUAUAUGCCAAAUGCGGCCAAGCGGAUUAUGCAGAAAAGGUAUUUUUGCACCUCCGGGAAAGGGAUGAAUUGGCUUGGAAUUCGAUGAUGAUAAUGAACUCGCGUAAAGGAUUUUUUAGAGAUGUUCUGGAGGAUUUCGGUUCUAUGUGGAGCACUGGGGUGGUGGGGAAUCAGUUUAGUUUUGCGAUUGUUUUGUCAGCUUGUGCUAAGUUGAUGGACUUGGAGCUGGGGAAGCAAGUGCAUUGUGCUGUUAUGAAAAUGGGGCUUGAAGCUCAUUCAUAUUGCGAGGGAGCAUUGAUUGAUAUGUAUGCCAAAUGUGGUCAUCUGAUGGUUGCUAAGAGAAUAUUUGAUGAUGCUGUGAAACUGGAUACAGUUUCUUGGACUGCACUGAUUUCAGGACUUGCUCAAGGUGGUUUGACUGAGGAGGCAAUGGAAGUCUUUGAGGAAAUGCAAAAGGCAGGUCGUCUGCCAGACGCUGUGGUGUUUGUGACCAUCUUGAGUGCGUGUGUUAGGCAAGGAAGACUUGAGGAUGCUUGUCAUCUGUUUUCCCAAAUGCCUAAUCCAAAUGUUGUGGCGUGGAAUGUAAUGAUUUCGGGGCAUGCAAAAUGCGGUAACGAGGGAGAGGCCGUUAAACUUUUCAAGAAUAUGAUCAGUGCUGGCAUCGAACCAACACGUUCUACACUAGGAAGUGUACUGAGGGCAAUUGCAAAUGUAUCUAACCACAGUUAUGGCUUGCAGGUCCAUACUUGGGCAGUGAAGCGGGGGCUAGACUCUAAUGUAUAUGCUGGGAGUUCUCUGGUUAACAUGUAUGCCAAAUGUCAGAAGAUGGAGGCUGCAAAGGCAGUCUUCGACGGUCUAGAAGAGAAAAAUAAUGUGUUAUGGAAUGCAUUGCUUGGAGGUUAUGCUCAGAAUGGGCAUGCUCAUGAAGUUUUGGAGUUAUUUUCGAAAAUGAAGAUCUGUGGAUAUCAACCUGAUGAAUAUACGUACACUAGUGUGCUGAGUGCUUGUGCUUGUCUUGCAAAUAUGGAAAUAGGUCGCCGAUUACAUGCAGUUCUUAUGAAGAAUGAGUUUGGAGUAAACUUAUAUGUGCAAAAUGCAUUGGUAGAUAUGUACGCCAAAUGCGGGGCUCUAUGCAAUGCGAGGAAACUAUUUGAGCAAAUUAGCAAUCCAGAUAAUGUUUCCUGGAACGCGAUUAUUGUUGGUUAUGUACAAGAAGAAGAAGAAGAAGAAGCUUUUUGUAUGUUUAGCAGAAUGAUGUCAGAGGGGAUCACACCUGAUGAGGUAUCCUUAGCUAGCAUACUCAAUGCCACGGCAAAUUUGCGAGAUCUCUGCAAAGGUACGCAAGUACACUGUUUUCUGGUCAAAUAUGGCCUAGAGAAAGGGCUUUAUGCUGGUAGCUCGCUCAUUGACAUGUAUUGUAAGUGUGGAAUUGUUGAAGCUGCAACUACACUUUUCUCUUACAUGCCUGAAAGAAGUGUGGUUUGCAUAAAUGCUUUAAUUUCUGGUCAUGCUCGAUUGAGCUUGGGUCAGGCAGUAAAUUUAUUCAAACAUAUGCUUUCUGAUGGAUUGCAACCCUCAGAAGUCACUUUUGCUACCCUUCUGGAGGGAUGUUCAGAUAAUAUUGAGUUGUAUUUUGGAAGGCAAAUCCACUCUUUCAUCGUGAAGCUUGGCCUCCCAUAUAAUGAUGAAUUUUUGGUUGUUGCUCUCUUGGGAAUGUACAUGAGUGCUCAAAGAAAUACUGAUGCCGUUUGUCUUUUCUCUGAGCUCCCUGAUCCAAAAAGCACAAUAAUAUGGACUGUCUUGAUAUCAGGAAGCGCUCAAAAUGACAAUGGUGAGGAGGCUCUACUUUGGUACCGAGAAAUGCGUAGUCAUAAUGCCAUGCCUGACCAAGCGACAUUUGCCAGUGUCCUCAGAGCAUCCUCAGGUUUAUCUUCUUUAGAGGAUGGUAGGAAAAUCCACUCUUUCAUCUUUCAUAUUGGUUAUGAUAAAGAUGAGCUGACUGGAAGUGCUCUUGUGGAUAUGUAUGCGAAAUGUGGGGAUAUGAAAAGUUCAGCCAAAGUUUUCAGGGAAAUGAUUAGCAAGAAAGAUGUUAUUUCAUGGAACUCAAUGAUUGUUGGAUACGCGAAAAAUGGUUAUGCAGAAUGUGCUCUAGAGAUUUUUGAAGAGAUGAAGAGGGCAAGUGUAAAACCAGACGAAGUCACUUUUCUUGGUGUUCUAACUGCAUGUAGUCAUGCAGGAAUGGUGAUGGAAGGUCAAGAAAUAUAUGAUACUAUGAUCAGUCAUUAUGGGGUGCAGCCUCGAGUCGAUCACUGUGCCUGCAUGAUUGAUCUUUUUGGACGCUGGGGUUUUCUUGCAGAGGCGGAGAAAUUUAUUGAGAACUUGGACUUUGAGCCUGAUUCUAUGAUAUGGGCCACAUAUCUUAGCGCUUGCAGAUUGCAUGGAGAUGAUAUAAGGGGGCAGCAUGCAGCAGAAAAGCUAAUUGAGUUGGAACCACAGGAUUCUUCGCCUUAUGUGUUGCUUUCCCAUAUACAUGCAGCAUCAGGAAACUGGGAUGGUGUUAAUUCUGUCAGGAAAAAGAUGACAGAGAAAGGAGUUAAAAAAUUUGCUGGAAGUAGUAAACUUUCCCUGGAUGUAGCUGGAUAACAGUGGAACAAAAGAGAAGUUUCCUUGCUGCAGGUGAUAAAAUUGACUGGCGUGCCGCUGAGAUAACAGGACUUUUCAAAAGAUUUGACUUAACUGAUGAAGGUCGAGGUGAUGUUUCCGAAUCUAAGUGUUCCACUUUUGAUGAAUACCCGGAUUGCGAUCUGACUCCUUGAUCUUAAUAGAAGCAUUAGCAGAGAUUGCUCUUUCCAUUGGACUCGUAGUUUUACUAAAGUAUGGCACUCUUCUCUUAUUCCACUGUGAUUGAUUAUGCUGCUGAAUUGUCUACUAUUGUGUGAUUAUACUCUCAUACAUGCAAAUCUUAAAGAGUGUACGUAAAGUAGUUAUUGAAGCAGUGGCUGUAAAUUAGUAUAGGAGCCUUCCCAGAGUUGUCUGUUUUCCUGGUGCUAAUGUCGAGACAUCAGAAUGUAAUUGCUGGGACCAGUUCUGCGCAGGUAAUUCAUGUAUGACGUCUUUUAUGUUGAAGUCUCCAGCUGGUUCAGGAUGGUCAUACGUCGAUAUACACGUAAUUCAUCUGGUUCAGGAUGGCCAUAUGUACAUACAAGCACAAACUGGUCAUGCGGCAAUGCCUCCAGCAGUAAGAAAGUUGCUCAAGUGAUUACUUCUCUCUGAGUUUGACAAACUAAUUGAGAUGGAGUUCAGCUAGGAGAGAGCUUGAUGGAGACUCUUCAAGGACUCCAUAUCUAAUUCGUCGUCCACCAGUUCAAAAGGCACAUGAACAGUUUAUCCUGAAAAUCCAGAGCAUCAACAGCAUGAUGAGCUUGCCACUGAUUAUGGUAUCAACAAUCCAGUGAGUUGAAUCAAGUAAGAAAGAGGGUUUUCAGAGGCUUAAUUAAGCAAAACAAAAUGUGGAGGAGCAGGUCAUCAUUCCAGAGCUGUUAGCAUUAGAAUAUAAAGAUCUUCACUAAUUCCUUGAAGCUAUGCUACAACAGAAAACACAAUCUCCCUCUCUCUACCAAUUCAACAGAAUUGCCGAUGCAGUAAAAGCAAGAAACAAAGGGGAAAUUGUUCAUCAAGUUUCCGAAACUCCGCUGAUGGGAUUUCGGAGAAUUUGGAGUUUAAUUUGCGUAUGUGCAGCUUUGUUUGUGUGGUUAAGCAGCCCAACUGGAGUGACUGCCGGUGACAUAGCUCAUGAUGACUAUUCGGCCCCCAAGAAGCCCGGUUGUGAGAAUGAUUUUGUACUGGUAAGUUUUUGCAAUUUUACUUCAUUUCCGGCCCACCCAUUUAAUGUUUUUGUGAUUUCUCUGUUGGGUGUUUGUAAUUUAAUUGUUUAUUGGUUGAACGAUUAAAUCUUGAUGACUUAGUUUUUGUCUUAAAUUGCUUAGCUUUGAAGUAUGUUAUAUGUGUUGAACGAUUAAAUCUUGAUGACUCGGUUUUUGUCUUAAAUUGCUUAGCUUUGAAGUAUGUUAUAUGUGUAUAUAUAGCUUGCAUGUUGUUCUAGUUGUAUUUGAGCGAAUUUCAAUGAUGAAUUGUUUAUUCUAAUUACAAUAAUCUUGGUAGGUUUUAUUAUGUUGUUUUUAUGAAUAGAGUUUGUAUUUAUGUCGAUAUAUACCAGGUAUUUUGCAUACACGGAUAAAUUUACUAUAGGGCUGCAAUCCAUUUGUGAUUCCUUGAACUUCGCCUUCGUAUUUCUUAGUUCAUUGAUGGGGAUCUUAUCCAUCAAUAUUUUGUUUCAUCCAUUAUGAUAUUUGGUUUAACGUUUGAGCAAAUCAUAACUCAAUUUCCAUCGUCUCCAGUGGAUAGCUUAGGAGGCUUAUGAAGAAUAAAGUUAUCAUAUGUUUAAAUGAUUUUCCUUUUUCUGCAUCUUCUUCCAACUGCAGGAUAACCAAAAGACAUUGUGGUUUUUAACUGCCAGUCGGAGCUUGCAUUUAGUAAUAUUAUAUUUGUCUUUCAGUUUAAUAUAAUUAGAAUCCAUGCAUAAAACCUUUUCUGGCAAGUUGUUCCCUAUUUAUAAUUUUGGUUUCUAUAUCCAGAGGUUUCCUUUACUAUUGUCUCAUUUCUUGUUUCCCAGUAUUGUGAAUAUUAUAAUGGUGGACACUUAUUUGACCGUCAUUCUGAUCUUUGAUUAUGAAUGAUAGUCUAGUAUCCGUUGAGAUAAUCUGAAGGGUCUCCUCCGCUUUUCCUUUUUUCUUUGACAGAGCUUGCUUACGUCUUCGUAGCACUCUAAACUAGGCAUAAUGGCGAUUACUAAGUAGGUGUAACACUAUAACAGUUUGCCUGGAUGUAGCCUCCUUAUACCCACUUCUAGUUACUUUGGAGCUACAAGUAUGAAUGAGUGCUCGCCUGUGGAGAUGGCUGCCUCCUGUCUGUUCCUUUUGAGAUUAUUUUUUCUCAUUUUACUUUAAUUGUAAUUGUUUUUUCUCUAUAAGGUAAAAGUUCAAACUUCGGUUAAUGGGGUCGAAGAUGAGGAAUUUGUUGGUAUUGGUGCUAGAUUUGGUACUACCACAGUAUCGAAGGAAAAAAAUGCCAACCAAUCUCGACUCUCACUUUCAGACCCUCGGGAUUGCUGCGGUCCUGCUAAGGAGAAGAUCACUCUUUUCUUUUCCUGCUUAGGUUUUGCUAUUAGCUAUUUUAAUUUUAUAAUUAUUAUGUCUCAGAUGCUAAUUAUGGAUUUCCUGCAUGGAAGGAAAAAAGACAAUUUUUUUUGUGUUCUCUCAAUGCCUAAAAUAUCAUUUGGCUGAAAGACAAAGUCUCACCCUCCUUGAUGCUGGAAACACCUGACAUUCCUUGAUCGCUUUAGUAAAAUACAAUACUUCUGCAGUCUUGUCUGCCAAAAUAUUGCUGUAACCAUUUUACUCCCUGAUACUUAAUAAAAUACUUGUUACAUUUGGUUCCAGUGCAAUAUUGUCAACCAAAAAAACUCUUCCCUUUUACAGUAUCUGUGCAGCUGUACUCUCCAAGGAGACCAGUGGUUGAUAUAGCCGAGGUAUUUCUUUGGUUAAUGGCAGUAGGUACCAUAUUUUGUGCGUCUUACUGGUCUGCAUGGAGUGCAAGAGAAGCAGCUAUAGAGCAAGAUAAAUUGUUAAAGGUCUGCCAUCCUUGAAGUCUUCCUAUCUGGGCAGUUACUUGAUUUUGCAAGUAAAAUUUAUACCCUUCUUUGCCUCUGACUGUACGUAUGAAUGAUGUUCCUUUCGGUAGGAUUCUACAUAUGAACUUCCAAACAUUAAAAGCCCUUGGUGGAAGCAGUGUAGUGGAUAUCAACACGACGUCUGCAAUCUUGUUUGUCGUUGUUGCUUCAUGCUUCUUGAUUCUUAGAUACAAGCUUAUGUCAUAUUGGUUCAUUGAACUAUUGGUGGUUCUCUUCUGCAUUGGUUGUGUAGAGGUGUGAAAUAUCACCUUUUGCAUGCUUAAAUACCUGCAUUUUUUCAACUCAAUAUUCCUGUCACGGACAAUUUUUUUUUUUUCAUGAUCCUUCAAGCCUGGAAAAGUAAUAUUUCUAAUCAACUUCACAUCAGAGAUAUUCUUCCCCCGCUGAUCAUGUGGAACAUUUGGACUUGUAGGAAUGCUGCCAUAUUUGAGGGGGCUCCUUUCAAAGCUUAUCGUAUUAUCUCUCAAACCCUCAAUUAUCUUCAUCUGCUUGGUAAAACCAACCUCAUGAGAACUAUACACUGGAAAGGGGACAGAUCUGUUGCCUCUCUUUUUAAAAUUUCAUUUUCCCCUCAGAAGAUAUCAUCCAGAAUCUCUAUUGUUAAGUGGAUUAAGCCAGAUAGGGGAUGGUUCAAAUUGAACACGGAUGGGGCCUCAAAAGGAAAUCCAGGCGUUACGGGAGCAGGCGGCAUCAUCAGAAAUCAUCUUGGUCAGACUGUCUUUGCAUUCCAGGAACAUGUUGGUCUCAUGUCCAACACAGCAGCAGAACUAAAUGCUAUAUAUAGAGGUGUUAAAUUGUGCAUUGAUAACAACAUUAGGAAAAUAUGGGUGGAAACAGAUGCCAACAUCGCCAUCAAGCUUAUUUCCUCUCCCCCCCAAGGGCCAUGGCACCUUCAAAACUUGCUGCAACAAAUUAGAGAGCUUCUAUCCAAAACUGAGUUCAAGAUAACACACAUCUUUAGAGAGGGUAACCAAGUGGCUGAUUAUUUUGCUAACCAAGCCUGUUUCAGCCAACAUCUCACCAUUGUAUCCCUAGAUAAUAUCACUGGUAUUCCUAAAGGUUUAAUUAGACUGGACGCCUGCUCCUUGCCUGCUAUUAGAAUCAGAAGUACUAAAUACCUUUAAUUUCAGCUAAGCAUAUUUUUUCAUGAAAUUAGGGGUAUUUCAUUACUGACUAGUUCUUCGCUGUUAUUUGUUGCCCUAUCUGAGCUUUUCUGUGCUGUUUUUUGGUUGUUCCUAUAUGGGGUCCUAGGAGGUUACUCAUCCAUAUUGGUUGACGUUGGGACCAAUAUUUAUCUGGUUACCUUUUGGUCUUAUCACUUCUGUUAAUCUCCUUUAUCUAGUUGUUUGCUGUUUUAUCUUUUGCAGGUCUUAUGAACCCCUCGCAGAGGUUCAAAGGCUGCUAGCCAUACAAACUUGUUCUCCACGGUUAUACUUAUGUUCAUUAUUUAUCCUUUUGGAACAUUACAUACACUUUGGGUUGGCCUUUUUGUACAGAUUUAUUUGCAGGUGUUGUGCAAUCCACGACGUGGUGGGAUAACAAAAAUCUUUUUGACUUGCCAUAAUUUCUCUAUGACACCUGUUCGGGUCUUUUGUUGUAAGGGAGUAGUACUCCUUGUUUAUUGUUGCUCUAUUUGUUAGGGAGUAGUACUCCUUGUUUAUGGUUUUACUAGAAAUUUUAGGGAGGUAGCUCUCCCCGCUGUAAUUAUCUUGUGCGUUUUUAAUAUAGAAGGACUGGGGACUCAAUUGAAAAUUCAAUUAAAAAAAAAAAAAUACCUGCAUUUUUUCUCUUAUGUCCAUGUUCAAAGCUGAACUUUUAUGGUUUUAGGACUCCAUUGAUGAAAAACUUGGUGAGUGCAUUUGAUGUUUCUGUGGCGAUUAUCUUCCUGAAUUUCUGCCUUUUUUCAUUUCACAGGGUUGGCAGACUUGCUUAGUUGCCUUACUAUCAAGGUGGUUCAAGUGAGCUGGAGAAUCAUUUAUGAAAGUGCCUGUCUUGGGGGUUAUCUCACACCAUACUUUGCUGUUGCUCCAUUCUGCACAGCUCUUGCUGUGGUUUGGCUGUGUACAGAAAUGCCUCUUUUGCAUGGAUAGGUCAAGAUAUACUUGUAAGUUCCAGUGCUUUUAUGUUUACUGCAGUUUUAGAAUCUUAAAACACUCAAUCCCAACUUCAUCCAUGAGACAGUCCUACAAUAUCAAUGUCCAAGGGACAGAUGUUACUUGAAAAUAGAGAGUAAUAAUGGAGUUCCACACAUGAAGUGUACAAAUACAACUACUGGACUUUGAAAGGUUUAUCUUGUUCGAAAAAGUUUCCUUUGCGCGAUAUCCUCACAAAACGAAGAAGAGA